CGCCCCUCCCGCGCCCGCGCCCGCAGCCAGUGCGGCAGCAGCGAACACCCCUGUCGAGCCUCCACGACACGGACCCACCGCGUCCACCGCCACUGCCAAGCGCGCAGCCGGGGCGCCUGAGGAAGGCGGAGAUGGAGACCCGACUGCCGCGUGCUGGGACCUGCUGAGCUUCCCGCCGCCGCCGGAGUCCAGGUAGAAUUGAGCGGGCGAACGGGGGUCGACUGCCCAAGCACUGCUGACAGCGGAACAGUGGAGUGCGGUGGUGGGGUGUGCUGUUCUUACACUUAUUUUGACAAAAACAAACUUGAAAGUAAUUACUUGAGGGCCAUUUGGACAACAUCUGGAUAAUCAAAACAGGCACAAUGAAGCACUUCCUGAGAAUGCUGAUCCAGGUGUGCCUGUAUUUUUACUGCAAAUUUUUGUGGCGCUGUCUGAAAUUUGUAAUGAGGAAGCUGACUGGAAGAUGUGAACUACAGCGGAUCUGUUACAAUACCAAGCCUGGAGCUUCUAGAACCAUGAAGAUCGAAACAUCACUGAGGGAUUCAAAAAGUAAGCUGUUGCAGACUUCAGUGAGUGUUCACCCUGAUGCUAUUGAAAAAACUAUAGAAGACAUCAUGGAACUGAAAAAAAUUAACCCUGACAUAAAUCCACAGUUGGGAAUCUCUCUUCAGGCUUGCCUUCUGCAGAUCGUUGGGUACAGAAACCUUAUUGCAGAUGUGGAAAAACUGCGCAGAGAACCCUAUGAUUCUGAUAAUCCCCAACAUGAGGAAAUGCUUUUGAAGUUGUGGAAAUUCUUGAAGCCCAAUACUCCACUGGAAUCUCGGAUUUCUAAGCAAUGGUGUGAAAUUGGUUUCCAAGGUGAUGAUCCUAAAACAGAUUUUCGAGGAAUGGGACUUCUGGGACUGUACAAUUUGCAGUAUUUUGCAGAAAGGGACAGUACAGCUGCUCAGCAGGCCCUCUCUGACUCUCUUCAUCCAAAAUGCAGCAAAUUCAGCAAAGCAGAAUGGGAGCAGAAAAGGAUGGACAAAGCAAUUGGGUACUCCUUUGCAAUCGUGGGCAUCAAUAUAACUGAUCUGACAUAUAAUCUACUGGUGAGCGGAGCCCUAAAAACUCAUUUCUAUAACAUCGCCCCAGAAGCUCCAACAUUGUCUCACUUCCAACAAACAUUCUGCUAUUUGAUGCACGAGUUUCAUAAGUUCUGGAUUGAAGAGGACCCCAUAGACAUAAUGGAAUUUAAUCGGGUGCGGGAGAAAUUCCGCAAGAGGAUCAUAAAACAGCUGCAGAACCCAGACAUGGCAUUAUGCCCACACUUUGCUGCCUCAGAAGGUUUAAUCAACAUGUAGUCACCCACGCUGAUUUUAAUGGAUACCCCAGAACACUGCCUCAUUGUCAUGUUAGAUCUCUGCUUUAUCCCAACUCACACACUGAAUGCACACAGUGAUUAUAUGCAUGCCUUUUGGUACAGUAUUUUCAUCUUUUGGGCAUACUUACCAGAUCCCCAGAUGCCACUCUUUCUGAAUACCUGUCAUCCAGUGACUGCCCAUGUUGUGGCAUUAUGCAGUGUUACAUCCUGCCUUGACACCAGGUAUGGAGAGAGUUUUCUAUUUUUUUAGAUUGUUUUCCUCCCUCUCAUAAUUCAGCAUUGAAGAACUGUAUUUCUGUAGCUGUAUUUUGUAUGUAAGAGAUUUAUCUGAAUUUUAUUCUGUGGAAGCCUUUUAAUUUAUUGAUAUGUUUCAUGACCACUGCUGCUAGCUUUUCAAACCAGGUUCAUGCUUGGGACUCAUUCCAAUAAAGUAUAAGACUUAAAAUAAUACAGAGAGACAGACACAUGAUAAGCCAAACCAUUCCUGCAAACAUAGCUGCGCUUCACGGAAAUGUAAUGAGGCUUACAAGGAGUAAAUUUAGAUAGGUGUUUUUUUGUUUGUUUGAAUUAUAUUGUAAGUUACCCCCAAGUCUGUCAUAGUAAUUUAGAUAUCAAAUUAUUUUGUUCCCAUAAUUUCACAGGCUUGGAUGCCUAAAUAUGCCUAUGAUGCUUAAAGCCUCAGAAAAGAAGUAUGCAUAUGUACUUCAAAAGCUUCAAAAGGACUUUCACUGCCUUCCUCUUGCUAAUGCAGAGUUGUACCCUGGCACUGUUCUGAUCCAAGCAUCUUUGCUUGGGGGACUUGAGUGCUGACUGGUUUGUUUUCUCUGUCAAGAGGCAAUAUUAAAAAACAGUUUGUAAGAAAAUGUGUUGCAAGAGAGAAAUCUAAGCUAUAUCAUUCUGCAAUAUUUCUUGGAAAUAAUGACCUUGUAUUGAUAGAAGAAGUAACUUGCUUUAAAGAGGGAAAAGACCAAAUCAUUCUAAAACUGCUGAAAAUCAUUUUAAAAACCAUGAUUUGUUUGGAAUUAUGAUUGUAGUCUGUUGAAUAGUAUUUACCAUGGCAUUUCAUACCCAUGGUAUUUUAUACCUUCUAUCAACUUUAGUAUUACUAGAUAUUUGUGUAAUCACUUGCUUAUUUAAGUGAAUUUGAGUACUGCUUGUCAGUUAUAUGAAUAAAUUACAUGUCAUUCUACUGUUAA